AUGUUUGAAAUGAAAGAAUCGAAUGCACAGCAAUCCAAUCAGAGCAAAGCACCGUCAGGUCAUCAGAUAUACAAGGGAACUCCUUAUCUGUCGGCUGUCGAUGUAACUGAUCGAAGAAGCGUCAAAUCGUUCCACAGCAGUGCGAGCAGCAACUAUUGCAGCGACGACGUCGACAGCGCAAGAAACAGUCGAAACAGCAACUACCAACUGUCAGUACCACAGCCACCAAGCAGUCAGCAACGUGUUAGGAGGCUAUCAUUUGCUGAUUGCGUAGAAUUAAAACAAAUUGCGUCCAGCAGUUACAACGAUUUACAAAAAUUUAAGCAAAUUAAUACUUCUUGUCAGCAGCUAGCAAACAACGAAGGAGCGAAACCAGCUUUACCUCUUCUUACCGUCCGAUCGUCAAGCAACCGCACGUUAAACAGCGAGCAGCCCGAAUCACAACCGCUUCUCAACAACGACAACAACAACCUCCUCAGUGUUGCUCCAAAUGGAGUGACCUUACGACGGCCAAGCAACAUAUCACGAUGCACGUCUAUCAACCGACCACCUGAUUGGUUAACUGACGACAACAUGCUCAACGCAAUCGAACAGCAACAGCGACUACAGCAGGCGGGUGGAGCUGCAGCCGGCCACACCACCACACCUCGUCCACCCCGACCACCACCUCGGAAGCCCAACCUAAACGCUAACAUCAAGCCGCCCCGAGCGCUCUUUUGCCUGACACUAACCAACCCUGUCCGAAAAUUAUGCAUACGUAUUUGUGAUUACAAACUUUUUGAAUACUUCAUAUUGUUGACCAUCUUUGCGAACUGCGUGGCCCUGGCCAUCUACACUCCAUUCUCCGGCUCAGACUCCAACAGCAUAAACGACUUCCUGGAAACAUUUGAGUACGUGUUCCUGGUCGUGUUCACGGGGGAGGCCAUACUGAAGAUAAUUGCAUUCGGGUUCCUGCUGCAUCCAGGUGCCUAUCUGAGGAGCGGCUGGAACUUUCUGGAUUUUGUCAUCGUCGUCAUCGGUGCGAUGAGUGUCAUAUUGAACAACUACGCACACGGUGGCUUCGACGUGAAGGCAUUGCGGGCAUUCCGUGUUCUCAGACCUCUCAAACUGGUCUCUGGAGUUCCAAGUCUUCAGGUGGUUUUGAACUCCAUCCUGAAAGCCAUGGUGCCUCUCUUCCACAUUGCCUUGCUGGUCCUGUUCGUCAUCAUCGUGUAUGCUAUUGUUGGUUUGGAGUUGUUCUGCGGCGAACUCAACAAAACUUGUUAUUCCAUUGAAGAUGACUCCGAGCUCUUUGACGACGAUGAAAUGCAUCCAUGCGGCAGGGGAUUUGAAUGUCCGGAAGGUUACACGUGCGAGAAGAGGCUGGAGAGUUGGAAGGGUCUCAAUGAUGGCAUAACAAACUUCAACAACUUCGGGCUGUCCAUGUUGACCGUCUUCCAAUGCAUAACCAUGGAAGGGUGGACCACUGUUAUGUAUCACAGGAAGGAUGACUCUCCAUCUCCUACGCAGCUUGUAAUCCGCUUUGUUAGUGAUUAUUUUAAGAAGAGAGAAUGA